CCGACUUCCUCCCGCUCCUCCUAGUGCUUAAUGACCAUAUCUCGUGGCUGAUUGCGCGAAACACUUUGCUCUGUAAUGAGCUUAUUUCUGGCCGAACCGGAAAGAUACAAGUGCGGGUCUGACACCGACACGAAACUAACAUACAGAAGAUGGCCCAACUGCCGAAAAACUUUGCUUGGGGGUACGCUACAGCGAGCUACCAGAUCGAAGGCGCCGUCUCCGAAGGAGGGCGCGGUCCGUCUAUCUGGGACACGUUCUGCAAGAUUCCAGGCAAGAUCCGCGACAGCACGAGCGGAGAGGUUGCAACCGACUCGUACCACCUCUGGAAAGAAGACGUUGCGUUGCUGAAGUCAUACGGGGUGAACUCCUACCGGUUCUCGCUCUCAUGGUCCAGGAUUAUCCCGCUCGGUGGAAGGAACGAUGCCAUCAACGAAGAGGGAAUCGCCUACUACAGAGGACUGGCGGUGGAACUGUUGAAAAACGGUAUCACUCCUUACGUGACGCUUUAUCACUGGGAUUUACCGCAAGCGCUCGACGAUCGCUACAAAGGCUGGCUUAACAAAGAAGAGAUUGUGCAAGACUUUGUCAACUAUGCGAAGGUCUGCUUCACGGCUUUUGGAGACCUCGUAAAGCACUGGAUCACAUUCAACGAACCAUGGUGCAUCUCUUGUCUGGGCUAUCAGAAGGGUGUCUUUGCCCCUGGACACAAGAGUGACACGGAAACGUGGAUUGUGGCCCACAAUGUCAUCCUUUCCCAUGCGUACGCCGUCAAGCUCUACCGAGAGGAGUUCAAGUCCGUGCAGGGCGGUCAGAUUGGCAUCACGCUGGAUUGUCAUUAUCCAUUCCCCUACGAUGACUCGCCUGAGAACGUUGAGGCUGCGAAGCGGGGAAUCGAUUUCAAGCUAGGCAGAUUCGCGGACCCCAUCUACAACGGGUAUUACCCAGCACGAGUGAAAGCUAUCGUAAAGGACCGCCUUCCUGAGUUCACCGAGGAAGAGAUCGCCGUCGUCAAGGGCUCUUCCGACUUCUUCGGGCUGAACACCUAUACAUCCCAGAUCGUCCAGGAUGGAGGCGAUGAUGAGACAAACGGCUACAUACGUGUUGGCUUCACACGUCCGGAUGGGACGCAGCUGGGGACGCAAGCUCAUGUUUCUUGGCUCCAAACAUACCCACCUGGCUUCCGCACACUACUCAACUAUCUCUGGAAGACAUAUGAGAAGCCAAUCUACGUCACUGAAAAUGGCUUUGCCGCGAAGAAUGAGAACACUCUUCCUCGCGAAGAGGUUCUACACGACGUGGACCGCAUUGAGUACUUCGAGGGCUAUGCAAACGCAAUGUUGCAGGCGGCCACCGAAGAUGGUGUGCCAGUGAAUGGAUACUUCGGCUGGAGCCUGCUUGACAACUUUGAAUGGGCGGACGGUUACGAAACCCGCUUUGGCGUCACUUACGUGGACUAUGCAACGCAGAAGCGAUACCCGAAAGAGUCGUCGCAGUUCUUGAAGAAGUGGUUUUCAGAGCAUGUCGAGGCGUGAACGUACUGAUGCGCAUCGUUCAUCGUGUACAGAUGGCAGGUAUCUGUCAAGACAGACAUUAUAUACUGAGCUUUGGAUUUGAACGCUCUGCUCACGCCUUCGGAAUGUGUCUUCCGAUUCUGCUUUUCGUUUAUUGAAUCCACAGCUUUGUAUAAAUGUCGAUAUCCUCAAGAACUGCUUCUAUUCAUAGCGAAAUUACUUACUCGAGACCCUUCUGGCUGCUUCAUCAGGUCAUCUUGCGAUAGCUGCGUCCUUGUGCAUGAUGUGAAAGUUGUUGGGCCACCUCCAUGCAUCGAAAUCUUUCAGCGUUUUACCCUGCGGACCACGACGACUCAAUUGAAUAGCCUUUCCUGUCAAUGCCAUGUGGUUGCACGAGCGUCUCCGGUGUAUGUUGCUCUUGC